AUUCAAGACAAAAUCAUUAUCACUUCUUUCUUCUUUUAACAAAAUGUAUCUUCCCAAGCUUUCAAUCGGUGCUAUUGCUUUAUUAAGCAUAAUGUCUCAAUCAGUCAUGGCUGCUCCCGCAGCUAAAAAGGCUCACACCGCCGUCAAAGCUACCGCUCCUGAGGAUACCUCCUCUUUAAACGCAUGUACCAACAGUAUCACUGUAUUCAACGAUGAAAAUGGUACAGGUGAAUGGAAAGAAGAAACUAAUGCUAAAUCCGGCUGGUCUGUCGAUGAUGACGGACUCGAAUUAGUUCUUGAACCCCCUCAAAAAUUUGUUCGAUUGACAAACGCUUCGGACUAUGGUAAUCCAUACAAUGAAUUCGCAUCUCCCAAUGCUCCCAAUUUCAUUGCACCUCAACUCUUGCACUACGGUAAAGUCACAUAUCAAUUAAAGACAUCCGGGGUCGCUGGCGCAGUCACUGCUGCUAUUUUAAUGGCUCCAGGAGGUGGUGAUGAAAUUGAUUUUGAAAUGCUUGGUGGUGAUCGAAACAAGGUACAGACCAAUUACUUCUAUGCCGGUGGCAUUGUUUAUGGCGUGAACGGUGGUGAUCAUGACACAGAAGAUACGGCAGCUGGAUUCCAUAAUUAUACUAUUGAUUGGAGCCCUGAACAAAUUCAAUGGCUAGUGGAUGGUACAGUCAUUCGCACGACUACCAAAAAAGAAACUUGUAAUGAUAAAAAUGUGUGCUCAUUCCCAUCUCAUCCCACAUCUGUUCAAGUUGGACUUUGGGAUUCAAGUGAUCCUUCCAGUACUGCUGAAUGGGCCAAGGGACCAAUCAAUUGGAACACUACAGAGAGUGUUACUGCUGUUAUUAAAUCAGUCUCAAUUGAAUGUAACCCUGAAUAUAAUCAAAUCGCUUAAACAAAAAGCGAGAAACAAAAGAUAAAAAAAACAUAGAUUAUUUUUAUAAAUAAUGCAACAACAUCAUAUACUAUAGCAUCCCACAUCAUUUUUCUUCCCAUCCAUGUACAAGUAAAAUAAAAUAAACAUUUCAUUCAGCA